CACCCCUCAUGUCUUCCUAACCAAUCUCUCUUUAUAGAAGUAAAGUAAUGCGAUUUUGAGAAACAGAAUUUUGAUAAUAUCCCUCAUUGCAUAAGAAAAUUCAGGUACAUUUCAUGCCGUGUCGGUGUCAGCAAGGUACACCAAAAGUAAUAAACAGGGUGGCAAAAAAGAGGAGGAUUUAGCAAUUUGUUGAUUUUUCUUUCUUUCUUGUCAACUUCAAAAGCCCCUCUUCCCAGUCGGCUCUCUUUCAAGAUUCCCUUAUACUUCCCCUUUCUUUCGCUAUUAACGCCUCUUUUCUCUCUCUGAGUUCUUGUUGAUAUUUCCAAAGACCCCAUUUUUAACACUGCUCACAAUAUGGCUGACGAAUCCAUUUCAGGCAAUUUAAAAGACCUUUCUUUGAGUAGAAAUGGUGUGGUGUCAAAGAAGUCUCAUUUAGUUGUUUGUUUUGGAGAGAUGCUCAUUGACUUCAUCCCAACUGUUGCCGGAGUUUCACUUGCAGAAGCUCCUGCCUUCGAAAAAGCUCCCGGUGGUGCACCUGCUAAUGUUGCUGUGUGCAUCUCAAAGUUAGGGGGUUCAUCUGCUUUUAUUGGAAAGGUUGGUGACGAUGAGUUCGGCCGUAUGUUGGCUGACAUUUUGAAGCAAAACAAUGUUGACAAUUCCGGCAUGCGGUUUGACCAUGAUGCAAGGACUGCACUGGCCUUCAUUACACUCACAGCUGAAGGUGAGCGGGAGUUCGUGUUUUUCCGUAAUCCUAGUGCUGAUAUGCUUCUUCGGGAGUCAGAACUUGAUGUAGAUCUUAUUAAAAAGGCCACCAUCUUCCAUUACGGUUCGAUUAGUUUGAUCGACGAACCUUGUAGGUCAACACACCUUGCUGCAAUGGACAUUGCCAAAAGAUCAGGUAGCAUACUGUCGUAUGAUCCGAACCUGAGAUUGCCUUUAUGGCCUUCAGAAGAUGCUGCUCGAAGUGGAAUAAUGAGUGUAUGGAACCUAGCAGAUAUUAUUAAGAUAAGUGAGGAUGAAAUUUCAUUCUUGACUGGAGCCGAUGAUCCAAAUGAUGACGAGGUGGUGUUGAAGAGGCUUUUCCAUCCUAAUCUGAAGCUUUUGCUUGUAACUGAAGGUUCAGCUGGUUGCAGAUAUUACACCAAGAAAUUCAAGGGAAGAGUAAAUUCGAUUAAGGUAAAAGCUGUUGAUACAACUGGUGCUGGUGAUGCAUUUACCGGUGGAGUUCUAAAGUGUCUAGCUUCUGAUGCUAGUCUUUAUCAGGAUGAGAAGCGGUUAAGGGAGGCUAUCUUUUUUGCUAAUGUUUGUGCUGCCCUGACAGUAACAGGAAGAGGUGGAAUCCCAUCCCUUCCUACACAAGAUGCAGUUCAACGAACUCUUGCUGAGGUCACUGCAUGAGAAGGCAGAACAAGUUUUGCUCGCUUCAUGCUGUAUCUGCAUUAUUCUAGAUUUAUUUUCACAAUGGUCGAUUUAUUUUGUUUUUGUCUCUGGCAUCUGCUGGUUAGUUCCUCUCUUUGGAAAGAAGUUGCAGCCAAAGAGACAUUUAGGAGAUGCAGGAAAAAAUAGCUUAGCGCGUCUUCUGUCAGUCAUGCUGGGAAAUGCUGGAAAGCCUUUUUUGCUAGUCAAAAUACAAGCUGUUAUGUCUCCGGUACAUAUCUGAUCCUUGUUACGGAUCCAUCAGAAGCCAAGAUAGAGAAGGUUAAUAUUGGUUAUUGAGAUUUACUGCGUGUAGAGAGAAAAACAAAAGUGUACAUGCAUUUAACGACUAUCCAGCUUUUGUUUGUUUAAUUUGUUUUCUUUUCAAGAGCCAUUUUGUUUUUGUUUCCUUUAAUGUGUCUGUAUUAUAAGCUGACUUCAUGAGAGGGCAGCUUCAUUGAGUUGUGAGAACUAAUGGUGGCAUCUGUCUUAAUUAGAAUCAGCAGAACGAAAAUAUUAUGUGGUUUGAUGUGCAACUCAGAAUAAUACUAGUCUCAAAUUGUUGAUCUUUUCCA